CCAAUCAGUGCCUGCUGGAGCUCUUGAAUGGUAGCGCUCUGUCAAUAGCUCGGCUGGUUGGAGAUCUACUCGCAAAACAAAGGGACUUGCAGCGUGAUAAGGCUACUCUGGGCAGCAUUGUGAAAGCUAAAAACUAUCAUUUAAAAAAUAAUUAAAUAAAUAAAUAAAUAAAUGCACUAUUUUAGUUUUACUUUUUUGAAUUGUAAGUUGAACAGCAGUGAGUCGAGUUAAAGAGGAAAGAAGCGGGACGUUUUGUUGCCUAGUUGUUUGUAUUGAGAAAGUUAAUCCUAUCUCGAUAACUCGGAGAGCGACGGCAGUCUUAUCUGACGCUGUAGCGUCUUCAUUUUGGAUACAUCGUGACACGGGUGUGCUUUUAUUUGAGGGAUUGUGCAUUCAAAAGAGGAAGUAAAAGGUCCUGUCUCGUGGUUGGGCUCUCUGCAAACUGCUUUCAUGAGGUAACAGCGGGGGAAAAAGAAGACAAACUACCCCAAAAAACACUACCCCCCCCCCCCCCCCCCACCCCCAACCUUUGCUUGCGCCGUAGCAGAGCGAUGGGACAAAAAAUCUCAGGGAGUAUAAAGUCUGUGGAUGCGAGGGAACCUGCAUUCCAGCCGGUCAAACGGGAGCUCCAUGGUCCCGACUUCUCCAAACCCGCCCGGCUGGACAUGCUGCUGGACAUGCCUCCGGCCCCCAUGGACGUCCAGCUGAAACACUCCUGGAAUAACGAGGACCGCUCGCUCAACAUCUUCGUCAAGGAGGACGACAAACUGACCUUCCACAGGCACCCAGUGGCCCAGAGCACAGACUGCAUCCGGGGCCGGGUAGGCUACACCAGGGGGCUGCACGUCUGGCAGAUCCACUGGCCCACGCGGCAGAGAGGGACGCACGCUGUGGUGGGAGUGUCCACGGCUGAAGCCCCCUUGCACUCGGUGGGCUAUACCUCACUAGUAGGCAGCAACGGCGAGUCGUGGGGCUGGGACCUGGGGCGUAACAAGCUGUACUAUAACAGCAAAAACCAGCCUGGACUUACGUACCCUGUGUUUUUGGAGCCGGACGAGUCGUUUGUGCUGCCGGACACUUUGUUGGUGGUUUUGGACAUGGACGAGGGGACGCUGAGUUUUAUAGUGGACGGGCAGUAUCUGGGAGUGGCUUUCAGAGGACUCAAAGGAAAAAAACUGCAUCCGAUCGUUAGUGCUGUAUGGGGUCACUGUGAAAUUACAAUACGAUACAUCAACGGACUUGAUCCGGAGCCUCUUCCCUUAAUGGACUUGUGCCGGAGAUCAGUCCGCCUAGCGCUCGGCAGAGAUCGGCUGCAGGAAAUAGAAUCGCUACCCUUGCCUCAGUCCCUGAAGAAUUAUUUACAGUACCAGUAAAUAAGAAAAGAAGAAAAGAAAAAACUUCUGGACGAAAUCGCUUUUGUUUACACUGAGUGCUGCUCAUCUCUGUGGUGAACACUUGAGUUUUUAUUGAAUGUGGUGUUCUAAAUCAGUAUUGGCAGAUCCCUACAGAGCCCAAUGGCGACUACUGUACCGGAGGCAGGAGUUCACAAACCCUCUGACUCGCUGAGAAGACGUGAACCCUCUGGAGAUGCCUAUGUUCUGGAUCAGGCCUCUGCUUUCCAUGCACAAACACCAGGAUGGACUACAUUAGAAUACUAUGUUAGCAAAUAUCUUUUUCAUUCAAUAUGGGUCUUUACCACCAUUGCAAGACCGUUUCUCUUGUAAUUAUAGAAUAUAAUAUAUUACGGUAUUUUUUAAAUUAGAAGCCUGCUAGUUGUGGCUGGGGCUUCAUAUUUAUUCUGAUACAUUCAAAGCAAAAUUAGUUCUUAGGAAGUUCUGCAUGACAUCGUCCUUGAAUCUGUUCACUACCAUGCUGUCUUAGACAAAUCACCCUUUCAAAGCUAAAGUCUCUCCCUUUUUUUUUAAGUUUAAUUUGUACCCUUUUUUUAAUGACCUCCCUCUUUUUACUGUGUGGUUUAUUAGAAUGCGUAUUUAUCGUUUCGAAUCAGAUUUUUUUUUAAUGCUGCUCUGAUAAUGUCUGGAUUGGAGAAGCCCAAUAAUUCUAGCGACUCACUCUCGAUCUUUUUUUGUUUUAUAAAUAUAUUUUUUAAAGAUGCUGCUUUUUUUUCUUUUCUGUUUUAAAUCUGCUUUUUAACUGGCAGGAAGUUGAAUGUAUGGACAAUGCUGCCUUUAGCAUAUUUAAUGUGAAUAAAACAAGUGAAUGAAUACCUUUCUCAGUGUAUUGUCAGUGUUCAGGUAUAUUUUGCAUUAUAAUGACAAAAUACUAUUGGGUGUAAACAUGAGGGAAAAUAAAUCCUUUUUAAAUAUA